UUGGUUUUGAGACGGGGCAGGGUGGGGGACGAGUUGAAGGUUACAUACAGAGUGGGAGUGCUAAGCACUUCCUUUUCCUGUGGGAGCCGCAGGGUUGAGAGGAGCGUGGCCUUCUCCUCUCCCCGCCAUGGCGUGUGCUCGUCCACUGAUAUCAGUGUACUCUGAAAAGGGGGAGUCAUCUGGCAAAAAUGUCACUUUGCCUGCUGUGUUCAAGGCUCCCAUUCGACCAGAUAUUGUGAACUUUGUUCACACCAACUUGCGCAAAAACAACAGACAGCCCUAUGCUGUCAGUGAAUUAGCAGGUCAUCAAACCAGUGCUGAGUCUUGGGGUACUGGCAGAGCUGUGGCUCGAAUUCCCAGGGUUCGAGGUGGCGGCACUCACCGUUCUGGCCAGGGUGCUUUUGGAAAUAUGUGUCGUGGGGGCCGCAUGUUUGCACCAACCAAGACCUGGCGACGUUGGCACCGCAGAGUGAAUACAACGCAGAAGCGAUAUGCCAUCUGCUCUGCGUUGGCUGCCUCGGCUUUACCAGCGCUGGUCAUGUCUAAAGGUCAUCGUAUAGAGGAAGUUCCUGAACUUCCUUUGGUGGUUGAAGAUAAAGUUGAAGGCUACAAGAAGACCAAGGAGGCUGUUUUGCUCCUGAAGAAACUUAAGGCUUGGAAUGAUAUCAAAAAGGUCUACGCCUCGCAGCGAAUGAGAGCUGGCAAAGGCAAAAUGAGAAACCGUCGCCGUAUCCAGCGCAGGGGACCCUGCAUCAUUUAUAAUGAGGACAACGGUAUCAUCAAGGCCUUCAGAAACAUCCCUGGAAUUACUCUGCUUAAUGUAAGCAAACUGAACAUUUUGAAACUUGCUCCUGGUGGGCACGUGGGACGUUUCUGCAUUUGGACUGAAAGUGCUUUCCGCAAGUUAGAUGAGCUGUAUGGCACUUGGCGUAAAUCUGCCUCCCUCAAGAGUAACUACAACCUCCCCAUGCAUAAGAUGCUCAAUACAGACCUUAGCAGAAUCUUGAAAAGCCCAGAGAUCCAAAGAGCCCUCCGAGCACCACGCAAGAAGAUUCAUCGCAGAGUCUUGAAGAAGAAUCCACUGAAAAACCUGAGAAUCAUGUUGAAGCUAAACCCAUAUGCAAAGACCAUGCGCCGGAACACCAUUCUUCGCCAGGCCAGGAACCACAAAAUCCGGAUGGAUAGGGUAGCAGCAGCACUAGAAGCCAAAUCAGAUGAGAAGGGGAUUCCAGGCAAGAAGCCUGUGAUGGGAAAGAAGGGAAAGGAGGCCGUUUGCGUUAAGAAGCUGAAGAAGCCGAAGAAGCCAAAGAAGCCUUUGGUGGGAAAAAAGGCUGCAGUGACCAAGAAACCAGCAGCUAAAAAGAAGCCUGCUAAAAAGAAGCCUGCAGAAAAGAAGCCCGCAGAAAAGAAGCCCACAGAAAAGAAACCCACCACAGAGGAAAAGAAGGCUGCUGCAUAAACUUAAAUUUGUUUAUUUGGUGAAGGUCAAAUCAUUUUGGACAGCUAAUUUUGAAUAAAGACCUUAUGAUCAAAGAGGCAGUGAGAAACAUGA